AUGUCGAUCAUCAGCAUCCCUGUCCUGGGGCUCUUAACCCUUUCCCUCCUCGCCAUCUACAAGUUUGUCAUCUACCCAGUGCUCCUCUCCCCACUAUCCAAAAUACCCAACGCACACUGGUCGGCUCCAAUAUCACCGCUCUGGAUCUUGCGCACUCGAUUGCUAAAGCAAGAGAACCGCAAGACUCACGAUGCUCACCUCAAGCAUGGCCCAGUCAUCCGGUUGGGUCCGAAUGAGCUCAGCGUCAAUGAUCUUGCUGGAUUGAGGACGGUGUAUGCUGGGGGCUUUGAGAAGGGAGAGUGGUACUCGAUAUUCGAUAACUACGGUGUUCCGUGCAUGUUCUCGGCUUGGCACUCCAAGCCUCACUCAGCAAAGAAGCGCAUGAUCUCCAACAUCUACUCCAAAUCCAACAUCCACAACUCGCCCGCUCUCCACCGACAGGCUCAAGUGAUCCUCUAUGAUCGUCUCCUUCCCAUUCUGACCGCUGCUUCAACACCCCCAAACUGCCAAAACGGCAUCGAAAUUCAUGAGAUUUGGAAUGCGACAACCCUGGACUUCAUCACGGCCUACCAGUUCGGUCUCCAAAACGGCAGCAACUUUCUAAGCGAAGAGGAAUACCGGAAACAUUGGUUCUCUCUAUACUACAAUCGUAAGAGAUACACCUUCUGGUCCCAGGAACUUCCCCGCCUAAAUCGCUUCUUCAGGAAACUUGGGAUUUACCUCGUUCCGAAGUGGGUGGAUGAUAACAAUGAUGAGCUUGAAGCCUGGACCCAGGAGCGCUGCGAUAGGACCUUGACUUACAUCAUGGAGGGUCUUGCAGCGAAAGAUACGGAUCCCGGAAACGAACCUGUGGUGUUCAGCACCAUGCUGAAUGGUAUCGAGAAGGAACGCAAGAGCAAAGGAGACAGCUCCAUCCUUGCCACGGAUUUGCUCAAACACCCGGAGCUUAGCAUGGCGAGUGAGAUGAUUGAUCAUCUGGCUGCAGGGCACGAGACGUCCGGAAUCACGCUUACGUACAUAACGUGGCACCUCUCGCAAGAUAUUCCGCUGCAAGACAGACUUCGCGCUGAGCUUCUCUCUCUUUCGCCAAAUAUGCUUCUGUCCAGGAACUCGUCCAGGAAGGAGUUGCCGAGCUCGAAGGAGUUGGACAAUCUACCCGUCUUGCACGCUAUCAUGAUGGAAACUCUCCGUCUCGAUGCCGCGAUUCCAGGAAGCCAGCCUCGGCAAACUCCCUACCCAUCCUGCACAAUAGGGAAAUUCUCAGGUAUCCCCGGCGGCGUGAGAGUAGGGGCCCAAGCACACAGCGUACACCGAAAUGCAGAGGUGUAUCCGAGGCCGGAGAAGUUCGAUUACACGAGAUGGCUGGACGACGAGAACGGAUAUUCGGAGCAUCAGAAGAAAGAGCGCGACCGGUGGUUCUGGGCUUUCAGUAGUGGUGGAAGGAUGUGUGUCGGGAGCAACUUUGCUGUCCAUGAAAUCAAGCUUAUUCUGGCAGCUGUGUACUCGAACUUCCGGACGUACAUUGUGAACGAUGAAGGGAUUGAACAAGAGGACGGGUACACUGUUGGUCCAGCGAGCAAUCGGCUCAUCUUGAAACUCGAGCGAGUGGAGGAGGAUUGA